AUGGAUGCUAAUAGGGUAGACAAUACUCGAGUACUCCACGGGCGGAACCAGAGACCAUCGCACAUGACAUUGAUAGUGGAUGCCCGCCGGAUUUCCUCGAUCAUGGUCACCGGCACGUGUUUGGGGCGGGGUAGCUAUCCGUUGUUCCCCGAUUUUGCAGAGUUUCACAACGAGAUCAUUCCCGACCACGAUUUCAGAAUGAGAAUGCCAAGAGAAUACCCUGAAGUGGAUAUGGACAAUGAGGACAAGAUGGAACAGAUGGUAUUAGAGGCCAUCAAUGUCGAUUUUGAUGAAAUCGAAGAGUGGACUUUGCUUGGCGAAAUAAUGGAGGCAGCGGCCGCGAGGGCUCUACAUGUGGCAGUCACGCAGAAUGACUGCGGAAUGCUGAGAAUUUUACUUGGGCAUGCCGGAGUCGACGUCAACCUUUAUCCCGGGACCAGGAAACCCAGUGUUCACAAGCGGCCAGGCUGGCCCGCAGAGAUCCUAUAGAUACACACUCCGGCCAGGCCUGGUCAAAGUGAGACUGACCUGGGCUUCGUAGGCCGGGCAUCUGCAGAGACUGUUGACGUAUAUACUAGUUCUGUUUAAUCUAUAUUAUUAGAACCCUGAAACUUACCGGAAUAGGGGCAAUCACUUUCGAUCACUCGGAAGCCUGCGGAUAUCUGCAGUCCGGCCAGGCCAGCUCCCGAAAAAGCCCAGUCCGGCCGGGUUAGGCCCAAUGUUCGCAAGACUGGCCUCUUGCGAACACUGCAUGAAACCCCACUUUGCACUAGCGUGAGAUUAGGUAACUCAUUCGCGGUACCGUUAUCAUACGACACGCCUUUUGCUAGCACACGGCGAUAGGCAAAUCCACAAAGCGACAGAAUCGAUUCUACAUUUUGCUAUCCCUUGCGCUGUGAAAUCCGUGGUUGAGAUUUUGCUGGGGGAUGGGAGGAUAGAUGUCAAUUUUCCUGAUGAAAAUCGGAGGACCGCAUUGCAUAUUGCGGCAUCUGCUGGGAAGAUGCAUGUCGUGCAAUUGCUGCUAGCCCACAGAGAUAUUGAUAUGGGAAAGUUGGAUGGGGGAGGGUCCUCGCGAAGAGCUUUGGCGCUUUGCGGGUUCCCGGAGACGGCAAGGUGCAUUACUGUGGUGCAGAUUGCAAGAAGGAAAAUGCUAGAAUACUCGGUAUUAUAA